AGAACAAGAAGACUAUAGCCCUCGAAUUUAAAUAAGAAAAUAGCACUUUCGAGAUUGCUACGAGGUCAAGGUGGUGGCAUCGUCCGGCGUGAUUCCUGGAUGUUGUCGACGCCCGUUGUUAAUCCGAAGAAAGCUCGAGCCGGACUCGGUCUUCCUCACUCGUCCAUGAACUCUCUCGUUUACCUUCUUCACAAGCGUCAUCUCUUUCAUGGCCCAAGCAUCAUGCCCAGAUCAAGUGGAGAUUAGAACCUCCUCGCCCCCACCGAUCCACACAAGAGCCAGCUCCUUCAAUCCAGCCAACGACCCCGUCCCACCACCGUUCUCUUCUCGGUCUACACCGCCAACUCCUUCGUCUGCAUCCUCGCCACAUGCUUCCUCCUCUUCCUCCUCUUCAUCCUCUCCCAAGUCUCCCUCCUCCAUUCUCAAUCGACUCCUUCCUCUCAAUGGCCUCUCUCCCUCAUGCACAGAUCGCAAAAGAUCAUCUUGACGACCAUCUCCGCCAUUGGUCCUGACGCAGCCACCGCCGAGAGGGCUAGUAAGCUUGAGGCCGUGGCGGAGAGGCUCCGUGAUGCGGUCACGUUCCUCCCGCUCAAGGACCUGCGCUUCGCCGACCAACCUGCCGAUGGCCACACCUGGUUCAUGAGCUCCCUCAAUGACACCAGCAUCGGUGGCGGGCCCCAGCACCUGCGCUUCCCCUCGGAGGGCUCAAAGGGCCAGGUGCUGUGCCUCAGGGGACGUGACGCGCAUGACGGCUCGUGGAACUACUAUGCCCUCGCAUGGCCUGAAGCCCUCCCGCGCAGCGCCACCUUCAUGAGUGGCCUGACUUUCGUGUCCUACAACCACUAUGACUACCACAACUUAUGGCACGGCCUGUCGACGGUGUUCCCGUUCGUGGCGUGGCACCAGGGGGAAGGUUGCCUCCGCCCGCCCGAGCGGUGGGUGCUGUACCACUGGGGCGAGCUCCGGGCCGAGAUGGGCCUCUGGCUGAGCAAGCUGAUGGAGGGGACGUUCGGCAAGCCAACAUUCGUAGAAGUGUUUGACAAAAUCAAGGAGGACAGCCCCGUCUGCUUCGAGGACGCUGUGGUGAUGAGGCAUAGCGAAGCAGGGAUGUCUAGGGAGAGGAUGAUCGAGGCCUACGACUUAUUGAGGUGCAGUGCAAGGAGAUAUUGCAACUUGAGCUCGGAGGUCAAUGGUGAUGGUAAGAGGCGUAACACGAUACGUUUGACGUUGUUACUGAGACGAAGAGGGAGGUCGUUCAGGAACGAGUCAGCUGUGGUCGGGAUUUUCCGGAGGGAGUGUGAUAAGGUCGAAGGUUGUAGGCUCACGGUGGCACACUCCGACGAUCUCAGUUUCUGUGACCAGGUGAAACUGAUGAGCAAAACGGAUGUGCUGGCAUCACCGAACGGGGCGCAGCUGACCAACCUGUUCCUGAUGGACCAGAACAGCAGCGUGAUGGAGUUCCUCCCCAAGGGGUGGCUGCGCUACGCCGGGAUCGGCCAAUUCGUGUACCGGUGGCUGGCGGGCUGGUCGGGGAUGAGGUUCGAGGGCGCCUGGUGGGACCCAGUCGGCGAGGAGUGUCCCUACCCGGAGGACGUUGCCAGGUGCUUCGACAUCUACAAGGACGGCCAGAUCGGACACAACGAGACCCAUUUCAGCGAGUGGACGGCAAACGCUCUAAGCGAGGCGAAGCUGAGAAAGAUUGGAGAGGUCGUUCCAAACAAGAAGCAAGACCCUAUUGGUGCUUGUGCUUGCGGCUGAUAAUUAUUUUCCAAUUUUUCACAGCCUACACUUUUGAUUUCUUGCACUUUUUUUUUUUGGGUGAUAUAUUACUAGGAACGCAUGAAAAUAUAUCUCACUAAAAUCUCUCUUCAUUUUUGAUUUUCUCUUGAAGUUCCAUCAAAACAGUCGAGGAAAUUGACU